GGAACGGGCCCCUCGCAGCAGGGAUGGCCCCUGCUCGCCUUCAGGAAAGUGACUCGCCUGUCCCCACUCUCUCCCCGCAAGGCUCUAGCUCGGUGGGCUCCCGGGUUUCUUUCCAAGCGUUUGCCGGUGAGGUGGAGGCCGGAGCUUAGCUGGCUAGCGAGCCAGCCACAGAGAAGAGCGCGGGCCUGGGAAGAGCUCCCAGCACAGCUUCAGCUCCCUGCCCCUGCUGGGGAUGGGAAAUUGACCAGCCUCUCCUCUAGCCAACCGCCGCAAAACCCAGCGGGGUGACUCCCCGCAGCGCGCCGGGGAGGGAGCGGAGAGCGGCCGAGCCGGGGGACCUGCCGCCCUCCCAUCACCUGGUCCCUUCGAGCUGUCGCCUCUCCAAGUCCCCGCCCUGCCCCGCUCACCCCAGCGCAAAGGGAUCUGGUUGGCGGCGGGGUCAGGAGCGGGGCCGUGAUCUUGGGGGGUUGCCCGCCUCAUCUCGCCAGCGAGGAAAGGGGGGUGUGCGGGGGGGGGGUUUCUAACUCCUGAUCUUCUCUUCUCCUGGGGUUCGCCUGCUCCUUUGGGGGCACGGUGGGGAAUCCCCCUGGUGGGAAGGGGUCAGGGGAUCUUCUAAUUCCUGAUCCUUUCGGGGCUCUCGCCUUCCUCCCCCCGCCCCCCCCAGCCCAUACACCUGGCACUUGGCUCCUGCCUUUGCGCCCGCUCCCCCCCCCCCGCACUGAACGGGCGGCGCAGCCGGCGCGGGGGGGCGAGGGAGGAGGAGAGGCCCCCUCCCUUCCCGGCUCGGUGUCUGUAAGGAGGCUCCGUGCGCCGGGAGCCCUAUAUAAGCGGCAGCUCCCCUCGCCUGCCGCAGUGCCCCGGCCCGCCUCGCCCGCACCAUGCUGAGCUACAGCGUGGACGCGCUCUUCGGGGCCAGCUCGCUCCGCAAGGAGAGCGCCCGCAGCGGCGCCCGCUCGCUGGCCUCCAGCGGCUUCCACUCGCAGUCGUGGUCCCGCGGCUCCACCGCCGCCUCCCCGCUCCGGCGAGGCGCGGGCGGCUACAGCCAGCUGGGCUCGUCGGCCGAGAGCCUGGAGUCGCUGAACGGCGAGCUGCGCGCCCGCUCGGAGAAGGAGCUGCUGCAGGCGCUCAACGAGCGCUUCGCCGGCUACAUCGACAAGGUGCGGCAGCUGGAGGGGCGCAACCGGCAGCUGGAGGGCGAGGCGGCGGCGCUGCGGCAGCAGCAGGCCGGGCGCUCGGCGCUGGGCGAGCUCUGCGAGCGGGAGAUCGGCGAGAUGCGGGGCGCCGUGGUGCGGCUGGGCAGCGAGAAGGGGCAGCUGCAGCUGGAGCUGGAGCGGCUGGAGGAGGACAUCCAGCACCUCCGGCAGCGGCUGGACGAAGAGGCCCGGCAGCGGGAGGAGGCCGAGGCGGCCGCCCGCGCCCUGGGCCGCUACACGGAGGAGUCGAGCCUGGCUAAGGGCGAGCUGGAGAAGAAGGCGCAGGCGCUGCAGGACGAGGCGCUCUUCCUCCGCCGCGUCCACGAGGAGGAGGUGAGCGACCUGCUGCUGCAGAUCCAGGGCAGCCAGGCCUCGCUCGAGCUCCGCGACGCCGCCAAGCCCGACGUCACCUCGGCCCUCAAGGAGAUCCGAGCCCAGCUGGAGGGGCACGCGGUGCAGAACACGCUGCAGUCCGAGGAGUGGUUCCGCGUGAGGCUGGACAAGUUGUCAGAAGCUGCCAAGGUGAACACAGAUGCAAUCCGCUCUGCUCAGGAGGAGAUUUCAGAAUACCGCCGGCAGCUCCAGUCCAAGGUCACCGAAUUUGAAGCCCUCAAGGGGACCAAGGAAUCCUUAGAGAGGCAGAGAGCGGACAUAGAAGACCGUCAUCAUGCUAAUGUCUUGUCCUGUCAGGAAACCAUCCAGCAGCUGGACAACGAGCUGAGGAACACCAAGUGGGAGAUGGCAGCCCAGCUCCGCGAGUACCAGGACCUGCUGAAUGUCAAGAUGGCCUUGGAUAUAGAAAUUGCUGCUUACAGAAAGCUGUUGGAAGGAGAGGAAUGCCGCAUCGGGUUUGGACUCGGACCUUUCCCCUUCCCUGAGACACCCCCUAAACCCCCCAGCAUUUCCACCCACAUAAAGGUGAAACGUGAGGAGAAAGUCAAAGUGGUGGAGAAGUCUGAUAAGGAAACCGUGAUUGUGGAGAAGCAGACAGAGGAAAUCCAGGUGACUGAAGAGGUAACGGAGGAAGAGGAGGCCGAGAAGAAAGAGGAAGCUGAAGAGGAGGGUGAGGAAGAAGCUGAGGCAAAGGAGGAAGAGAAGGAAGAACCUGAGGAAGUAGCGGAAGGUGAAGAAGAAAAGGCCAAGUCCCCAGAAAAGGAGGAGGCAAAGUCGCCAAAGAAGGCCAGGUCCCCAAUGAAGGAGGAAGCUAAAUCCCCAGAAGCCAAGUCUCCAGAGAAGCCGGCAUCCCCCACCAAGGAGGAAGCCAAGUCUCCAGAGAAGCCGGCAUCCCCCACCAAGGAGGAAGCCAAGUCUCCAGAGAAGCCGGCAUCCCCCACCAAGGAGGAAGCCAAGUCUCCAGAGAAGCCGGCAUCCCCCACCAAGGAGGAAGCCAAGUCUCCAGAGAAGCCGGCAUCCCCCACCAAGGAGGAAGCCAAGUCUCCAGAGAAGCCGGCAUCUCCCACCAAGGAGGAAGCCAAGUCUCCAGAGAAGCCGGCAUCUCCCACCAAAGAGGAAGCCAAGUCUCCAGAGAAGCCUGCAUCUCCCACCAAAGAGGAAGCCAAGUCCCCAGAGAAGCCUGCAUCUCCCACCAAAGAGGAAGCCAAGUCCCCAGAAGCCAAGUCUCCAGAGAAGGCCAAGCCUCCUGUGAAGGGUGAGGCCAAGCCUCCAGAGAAAGAAACAACCCCCCAAAAGGAAUUGAUCAAAUCACCCCAGAAAGAAUCCAAGAUGCCCAUAAAAGAAGAGAUGCCAAAAAAGAGAGAGGAGAAAGCCCCAGCCAAACCGGAAGUGGAGGAGAAGGAAGACAGCAAGAAAGAGGAGGGGCCAAAAAAGGAAAUCCCAGCCAAGGAGACUCACAAACCUGAGCCUAAGGUAGAAGAGAAGAAAGAGGAGGAGAAGCCCAAAGAAGAUGACAAGGAAAAAGCUGCCAAGCCGAAGCCCCCUGCCCCCGAGGAGAAGAAAAAGGAAGUUGUAAAGCCUGAAGAGAAAGAGGUGAAGGAGAAGGAGCCGGCCAAACCAGCAUCAAAACCCAAAGAAGAGAAGAUGGAGGAGAAAGCUGCUAAGCAGAAGCCUGAACCUAAACCUCAGGAAAAGGAAGCCAAGGCCAAGGAGCCCAGCAAACCAGCAGAGAAGGAGCCUGAGAAACAGAAGUCUGAAGAAAAGAAGGAAGAACCUAAAAAGGAGAAGGCUGAGCCCAAAAUGGACCAAGAGGAGAAACCCAAAGCUGAAGCUAAACCCAAAGAAGAGUCAACGGCUGCCAAGACAGAAUCCAGCAAAGACACCAAGGAGACCCCCAAGGCAGAGACACCCAAAGAUGCGCCAAAGGCUAGCAAGCCCAAGGCAGAGAAAGUGGAGAAGUCCUCCAGCACAGACCCAAAAGAGGGCAAACCCACAGAGAAAGCUGCUGCUGCCGACGACAAAGCCGAGAAGAGCGAGAAGUGAAGAGCAGAGGCUGGGACGUGCGAGGAGAUGGACCACCAAAGAGAACUCGGAGGCUCUCCCUGCCAGGUGGUCAGUUAUAUUUUUGUUUUCACAAGAGGAGCCUUUACUUAGAUGGUGGGUGCCCUCCCACCUCUGAGCUGGAGCUCACGUUAGCAAUAUGUUUAUGUGAAAGAAAUCAAAACCCAGUACCUGAGCCUCCACCAAUGAUGUUAUGUUAUGAUAGCUUCAAUAGCAGAAUGUGAUACAUGCAGAAUGCCACAUUUAAACACUUGAAUUAUAAAAGAAACCUGCCCCUUUUCCAAAUAAGUGCAUUUAUUUACUAUAUGUGCAAUAGAUGGACAAAUGCAAUAAAGAAUGUACACAGUUAGAGCUCUGUUAUACCGCAGAGAAGUACAGUAAGGUAGGAAACUCAGAGUUGUAAAUGCCUUUUCAUUUUACAAAAGGAAAUUAUUGAAAUCCUCCUUUGUACACUGCACCAUCUGUGGUUGACUUAAAGGGAAGCAGGUUAGACACUAGUUGCAGAAACACACAAAGAAAUAAGAAGUGCACUAUACAAGUCCACUUUCAAUUGCUUCUGUGCAAUAAGAAAUAAAAUGCUUACAGACUAACUA